CACUUUCCUUUUCUCAUAGUUUCGGGCCCUGGGUUUCACGUUUCAACUGUACUGCUACUAAACAAAGGAAUGGAACAAUAUAAAGCACAUGAAAAAAUAUCCAAGAGGGCCUCACAACCUCAGCUGUAGCCUGGAGUGGAAGGACUUACCUGGCUCCAUCGCUAAGAGACCAGAGACUGAAGAGACCGUCACACAGGAAAUGAUCAUUCCAACACACACACAGGGAUCUGAUCUGAAGAGAGUGUUUGUGUGAGGAGGGCGUGUGGUGUGUGUUCUUAACCCCCUCCACCCCUUACCCAGAAUCCUCUUCUCCAACCCCUCAGACUUCACCCCCCCGAGCCCUAACCCCUGACCCCCAAGCCAUGAUGUCAGGGAAGGGGAAGGUUAGCCCGCGUCACCGGCCAUGGUCCGUGUACCGGGCUAACACCUUUGACCUCUCUGCUGAGAUGAUGGGGCUGACACUGGCAGGUAACAGUCAGGACCCAGAUGAACCGGUGUUGGAGUUCAGCCUUGCCUGCAGUGAACUGGUCACACCAGCGUUUGAGCGUAAGCCAAUCAGCUUUGUGGCGGUCAGCUGUACAACUCCUCCCCAGGCCUUCUGGACCAAACACGCUCAGACAGAGAUCAUAGAGGGUACCAGUAAUCCUAUCUUUCUGAGUAGUAUAGCAUUCUUCCAGGACUCUCUGAUUACUCAACAGACGCAGGUCAAGCUGUCUGUGUACGACGUCAAGGACCGCUCCCAAGGCACGAUGUACCUGCUGGGAUCAGCCAUGUUCCCAGUUAAGGAGCUUCUGCAGGACAAACACCAUAGACUCCACCUAACCCUCAGGUCAGCAGAGGGCGAACGCAUGGGCAACAUCACCAUCAUCGCCUGGCAAAUAGAAGAGAGGACGGAGCAGAGAGCCACCGCGGCCCGGCAGGACACUAUCAAUGGCAGGAUGAUGCUUCAGGUGGAUGACAGCCUGACUGAGUCAGUGAACAUCAGGGCCAAGUCUGCGUCUCUGUGCAAAGACACACUGUUGAAGGCUGUGUUUGGGGGCACCAUGUCUCGUAUGUAUCGAUUCCCCACCACGGAUGGAAACCACCUGAGGAUCCUAGAGCAGAUGUCUGACAGCGUCCUCUCUCUACACAUUCCUCGACAGUUUGUCAAACUACUGCUGGAGGAGGACGCUGCCAGGGUGUGUGAGCUGGAGGAGUUGGGGGAGUUAUCUCCAUGUUGGGAGAACCUGAGGAGGGAGAUCAUUUCUCAAUACCAGACCAUCAUCCUCACCUACCAGGAGACCAUCAGUGACCUGCACCAAUAUAAAGGUCCCUCCUUUAAAUCCAGCACUCUGAAAGCAGAGAAGAAGCUGGAGUUUAUCCCCACUAACCUGCACGUCCAGAGGAUGAGAGUACAAGGAGAGUCUGGCUAUGACAGGACCUAUGACGUAGUAACUAUAGGGGCCCCAGCAGCCCACUACCAAGGCUUUAAGCACUGUGGUCUCCGGAAACUCAUCCACAAGUUUGAGGAGGCUAGGAAACACGCAUAUGAGGAGGAAUGCAGUGCUGGGUCUGGCUCUAAGCCGGUGGCCUACCUGCCUCGGGACGUGUUGAGAGCGAAGGAGCUGAUUGGUCAGGUCAACACUUUGAAGACUCAGGUUUGCUACUACACCGAACGUUUGUCCCGCGCUGCCAAGGAACGCUCAGCCAACUCUCUGGAGAGAACCCUCGCCAUCCUCUCUGAGAAGACUCGUCAGUUGGUGACAGUGUGUGACUCUAAGCUGCUGUCCUCAGCCAUCCUAGCCCUUUCUGCCGCCCGGCCGGAAUGCAUCGCCCAGAGGGGCACUCCCUCCCCAUCGUCCCUCACCCCCUCUCCAUCCCGCUCCCCCUGUCGCUCCUCUACCUCACCCUGUCGCUCCUCUACCUCCCCCUCACGCCAAUCCACCUCCCCCUCGCGUCACACCAUCUCCCCUCGCCACUCAGUAUACGUGGAGGGAGAGAGGGGGAGAGGCAAGCGCUCCUCCCUACAGGCUGACUGGCAUGAGGAGGACUGGGAGAAGGUGUGGUUAAAUGUAGAUAAGAGUCUGGACUGUGUGAUCCAGAGGGUGGAAAGACUGCUGGCCAAAGACAGGCUGCAGAGUGACAGCAGCAGUGAGGAUGUGUUCCUGGAUGCUCAGCAGCUGACCAACGCCACUACUAAGAGAAGUAUCCAUGGAAACAGGGAAGCCUUCUGGAUACACCCUGGAUCGUCAUCUUCAUCACCUCUUCUUCCUCCAUCAUCAUCAUUGUCAUCAUUCCCUCAUCUGAGCACCACAUGUCAAUCAAACCAUGAAAGACAAAAGCACUACAGCAACCCAGACAUAGAAAAAGAAAAGCCCUGCCCAGGUGAAUGGAGUGAGGCGCUGUACCCUCUCCUGACUACCCUGUCAGAGUGUGUGUCUCUGAUGAGUGACAAGGCUAAGAAGUCCAUGGUGUUCCUCCUAAUGCAGGACAGUGCUCCCACCAUCGCCAUGAACCUCACGCUACAGUACAGAAGAGAUGUGGUCUUCUGUCAGACGCUGUCAGCUCUGAUCUGUGGCUUCGUCAUCAAACUGAGGAACUGUCUCUGUGACGACGGCUUCCUCAGGCAGCUCCACACCAUCGGCCUGCUGGUCCAGCAUGAGGGCCUGCUUAGCACCUAUGGGGAUGAGCUGGCCAUGUUGGAGGACAUGAGUGUUGGCGUGAUGGACCUGCGGAACGUCACCUUUAAAGUCACCCAGGCAACCUCGGUCUUCGGCCCAGACAUGCUGCCUGUCAUCACCGGGAACCGGGACGGCUUCAACGUCAGGGUUCCGUUACCAGCGCCGAUGUUUGAUGCGUUGCCGCGGGAGAUCCAGAACGGCAUGCUGCUGCGGGUGCAGCCUGUUCUCUUCAAUGUGGGAAUCAAUGAACAGCAGACACUGGCAGAGAAAUUGUCUGUCUGUCUGUCUGUCUGUCUGUCUGUCUGUCUGUCUGUCUGUCUGUCUGUCUGUCUGUCUGUCUGUCUGUCUGUCUGUCUGUCUGUCUGUCUGUCUGUCUGUCUGUCUGUCUGUCUGUCUGUCUGUCUGUCUGUCUGUCUGUCUGUCUGUCUGUGUAUCUAUAGGUUUGGAGACACGUCUCUUCAGGAGGUGAUAAACAUGGAGAAUAUGGCUCGUCUCAGCUCCUACUACGACCAGUACAAAGAGGUCCUGCCUGAGGACUGCCUCCCUCGUACCCGUAGUCAGACCAGUCUGCCUGAGCUGCUGAAGCUGCUCGAUCACAACAUCAGUGCCAGGAAGAGCAAGAACGUAGAGAUCCUGUGGCAGGCAGCGGAGGUGUGUCGGCGUCUGAACGGCAUGCGUUUCACCAGCUGUAAGAGUGCUAAGGAUCGUACAGCCAUGUCUCUAACCCUGGAGCAGUGUCUGAUACUCCAGCAGGAGCACGCCAUGGCCCCACAGGUCUUCUUCCAGGCCCUCGACUGCAUGCGCAGUGAGGGCUGCAGACGAGAGAACACCAUGAAGAAUGUAGGAUGUCGUAAAUACGCCUUCAACUCCCUCCAGCUGAAGGCCUUUCCCAAACAGUACCGCCCCCCUGAGGGCACCUAUGGGAAAGUAGAUACCUGAUUGGACAGCUGCCCAUCUCUCGAAGUAGCCAAUAGAAGGGGACAGAGACUAGACAAUGUCAACGUCAACAACAACAUAAAAGCAAAAUAACUUAAUGAAAGCAACCGACCACUUUAUAUAGUGCUGACUCACUGUUGAUGUUAUCUGUGGUAGAUUGAUAGCACUUCCCUCUCCUUUGGGAUUAGAAUCUCUGCGUUAUGUCAUGAGAAUCACUACACGCACACAACAACAAGUUAAAAACAGCUUUUCAAAUACAUUGUCACAGAUUGAAUUGAUGUAAAAGCCCUUUAAUUCUAGAGCUGCUGUUUUAGUUGUAUUUAUCAUGUGGCCUGGGUUCUUACCGCUGUCUCUCAUGGAACUGUAAAGUGAAAAUUAAACUUAAGUACAUUUAAAGAGAACAAAACCUUUGUGUACAGAGCAUCAAUGUGUUAUUUGCUCAUGAUUAUACACAAGGAUUAGAUGUAGACACUUGUAUCUAUGAUGUAUGAAGACCUAUCCCAAACGUAUUUGAUAAUGCAGCUACUGGACAGGGUUAGUGCAAAAUGGUGCACCACUAUCCUGUGUUUUAGUUUUUCUACUGAGAGUCAUACAGUUACAGUGGUCAAGGUUCAUCUUUCCCUUGCCACUGCAUGUUUAUUUUAUGUUUUAUAUCUUGUCAUUGAGUGCAUGGUACAAUGCUCCACUAUAUUAGAUGCAAGGAUGGAUGGGGUUCACACACAACAAAAUGAAUCCAAAAACAACUCAAUUAAAAUAUAUGCCCACAUGCUUGUAGAUUGUAUUCAACUGAAAAAUAACAUGGUAUCCAAAUCUUGCACUCCCCGAACCCCUGUCUGUUCAUAAAGUAAUGUUUAGAUACAUGACCUAGAUGGUAGGCAUAUUAACUUUAAAUAAAACUAUAGACUCAGCCAAACUAUAACAUAUUAGCUUAGAGUAAGGAACAGUGUUAUAAGAAAUAUUAUGUCGGCAGCUUUUCUCUGCGAGUUUCAUCUCAUCUCUUUUAAGAAUCCCAGAGGAAUACUACAACACGGAUAGAAGCUAACUCACUCUGACGCUGCAGAAGGCGCCUGGCUGACUGGAACACCACAGGAGCAACACCACAGGAGCAACACCACAGGAGCAACAAAACACUGCUUUAUUAUUUGUACAACCAAUGGAGAUAAAUUGAAGUGUCUUACUGUUGAAUACAUUAGAUAGAAAAGGCUCACAUUAGUAUUGUACUUUUGGAUAUAAUGGACUGGUACAUUGCAUAGAAAGAAGUCUGUUUAAAAUGGACAGUGUUGUGCGUUAAAUUGUACUGUGAACCCCUCACUAGCUUCUGUUUCCUUGUUUAUCUAUGGCUUUUAUUGCACAUUACAGAGACAGUUUAUUUUUAUUUAGGAAAACAUUUUUAAACGUUAUUUUGCUGAAUAUUCUUGAUGCUGAUGCACUGAACAUUUCUGAAAAAAGUUGCCAAAAUGCUGCGCGUUUUAUCCAUUUAAUUUUACAUGUCAUCUAUUUUUCUUUGUAUCUAUUGAGCCACACACUUUCAGGUAAAAACAUCUGUAUCUGUACAGGUACAGGCUUUGCUGUAAAAUGUGCUUUCGCCCUAAACUCUGUAACUUGAGCUAUUAAAAUAUGAGCAGUAAACUGUUUCACCAUAUUCUGUGA